AUGCCUGUCCCUGCAGUCGAAGAGGAGGACGAAAGUCAUCGCACGGAUUCUGGCUCGACUACACACCAUGUCGACAGCAAUGAGAUCGGCCCGCCACAUGAAGAUCGUAGGACAGCCGAAGACCACUUCAAAGUGCCAGCGGCUGCAUUUCCGAACUACGACUUACACGAUGUUGAGUGCCAAUCACUCUCACCGUCGGAGGCUAUCAGCCCAAAACCAGAGAAGCCGGCUGCAGGAGAAGCGGCAAACGAGAUUCACGAUCUUGUUCCAAUCUACCGGGCUGCUUCAUUUUGCUUACCGCCGGGGUCAUGUACGACCCCAGGUGCCGAGUCAGAAGACUCAAGUUUGGAGGAAACGGCUACUGCGACACAGUCGCAGCUGACAUCUGGCGAAUCGGACACCUCGAGUGCAACGGUUGAGGGCUUUGACUGUGGCCAUUUCGAGACGACACCAGACAGUCAGCCUGAUGACUCCUGCAUUGCUGAAUCCACGGACGAAGUGAAAUGCCUGCAAGCCUCUGGUGAGGUGUCCUUUUCUGACGAGCCUAGUUUCGAGGAGACGACAACCACAACGCAGUCAACUGGCGAAUCGGACGCCUCGAGUGCAGCGAUUGAGGACUUUAGCCAUGUCGGGGCGACACCAGACAGUCAGGCUGAUGACUCAAGCUUCGAUGACUCUGCAGACGACGUGAAGUGCUUGCAAGGCGAGACAGAGGCACCUCCGUCUCAUCAGGUGGGCGACGAGAUGCCGGCAUUCUCCACCCUGGCACACCGUGUUCAGCAAGUCGUGGCCAAGAUUCCAACCGAGGGUUCCACUCUGGCUUUUACCAAUGUGGAUCGAAAAGACGACCAUCUUCUGGGAGUUCGGAACACUUUUGUUGACUUGAGUGAUGAACCUCCACUGCAGCAAUGGUACAAGGACAUCAGAGGCAUACGCUCAUGCCCAGCCAGCGAGCAUGGUGAUGAUGACCGGAAUGCAUGCGGUGGCGCAGAUGCUGACGAAGACGAAGCCUGGCAGACACCAGAGCCAUCUCCUCGUUUUUGCAAUGAGGAGGAGAAGCCUCAGCCCGCAGCAUCAGCAUGCAAUGCGGCAAAGCCAGGAGAGCCCAGGACUCCGCUGAAGAGUGGUGCAAGCCCCUACCGACCAAUUCCUACGGCAAGACCGUCUUGUAGCACGACAUACUAUGCCAUGCCACCGCCCGUAAAUACCACAGGUCGGUUCUUCGCGGCAGAGUACCACCGCCGAGUGCAAGCCUCCGGGCGGCUCCACUCGUUUCAGGACCAGCCGACAUUUUUGGCAGAGAAGGCCACGAGGCCUUGCCAGGCCGAACUUGCCUUUUCUGCCACCUCUGUGAUUCCGGUGAGAGGAAGCGCCGACUGCGCCAUCAGAAAGCCAAGCAUGCAAAAGCGUGCUAGCCAUGUCGUUGAGGUCAACCGUCAGGAUUUGCUGAGUUUCGACCACAGCCCGGCUUUCGCCGAUCUUGGGAUGAAAGCCCGCGAGUACGCCAAGGAGGUGCAUGCAAGCCAUGUGGUGGACAUGGAGCCCGCGGACACACUGGCUUUUCCUGAGUGCCGCCACGUCUCGCUGAUGGCCAUGCUUCCAGCCUACGCCAUGAAGGAGCGGCGGCUGCCACCCCCCAAGGGGGUAAAAAGUGGCAGUGAAGUUUCCUACAAUCGAGGUGGCUGGAAUCCAACUCGCAGUGAGAAGUUUCUGACCUCAGCGAGGUCAGCUAGAAACACAGAUGGAGGCACAUGGAUAUGUCUUGUUUCUUAA